GACAUUUUUUUUCUUGUCCCCCUCCUUUUUUUUUUUUUAAUCCUUUUUUUUUUUUUUUUUUUUUUUUAAUUUGCUUUUCAUCCGUGGAUAACGAUCGAGAGGAGCCGGGAGGGCGGGGGGAGCCCGGUCCCGGCGGGGAGGAGGCGAUGCAGACGCCGCUGGAUCAGCGCGCAAGGGGCCAGCACGGAGCGCAGCGCCGUCCGCAUCUAACUCCCCUGCAGCGCAGGAUGAAACUGCUGGCAUCCUGCCUGGGCCUGUGGCUCCUCUUCCAGCUCCCUGCCCUGGUCUGUGGGACGCGUGUGGUCUACAAAGUGCAGGAGGAACAACCCCCCAACACCCUCAUAGGGAGCCUGGCCUCCGACUACGGCUUCCCAGACGUGGGGCACCUCUACAAGCUGGAAGUGGGGGCCCCAUACCUACGUGUGGAUGGCAAGACUGGGGACAUCUACACCACAGAAACCUCCAUCGACCGGGAGAGCUUGCGUGAAUGCCAGUACCUGCUGCCUGGAGAGCCCUGCUUUCUGGAGUUUGAAGUGUCCAUCACUGACCUGAUCUUGAACAGCAGCCCACGCCUGCUUGAGGGGCAGAUAGAGGUGCUCGAUAUCAAUGACAACACCCCCAACUUUGCCUCACCUGUUCUCACCCUCUCCAUCCCUGAAAACACUAACAUCGGGACGCUCUUCCCCAUCCCCCUAGCCAUGGACAGGGACUCAGGCCCCAAUGGCGUUGCCUCAUACGAGCUGACGGCUGGUCCGGAGGCGCAGGAGCUCUUUGGGCUGCAGGUGGCAGAGGAUCAGGAUGAGAAGCAGCCGCAGCUGAUCGUCAUGGGGAACCUGGACCGGGAGCAGUGGGACUCCUACGAUCUGACCAUCAAGGUGCAGGACGGAGGCAACCCCCCGCGGGCGAGCAGUGCCCUGCUUCGCAUCACCAUCCUGGACAUGAACGACAACGCGCCCAAGUUCGAGAAGGCCCUGUAUGAGGCAGAGCUCUCUGAAAACAGCCCCGUGGGGCAUUCUGUCCUCCAGGUGAAAGCCAAUGACUCGGACCAGGGUGCCAAUGCCGAGAUCGACUACUCCUUCCACCAAGCCUCAGACAUGGUGCGUCGGCUGCUGCGCCUGGACCGUGCUACAGGGCUCAUCACCGUGCAGGGCCCCAUUGACCGCGAGGACGUCAACAUCCUCAAGUUCUCUGUCAUGGCCAAAGACAAGGGGGCCAACCCCAAGAGCGCCCGCACCCAGGUGGUGGUCACCAUCAAGGACAUGAAUGACAAUGCACCCUCCAUAGAGAUCCGAGGUAUCGGGCUCGUCACCCAUCAGGAUGGCAUGGCAAACAUCUCAGAGGACGUACCAGUAGAGACAGCAGUGGCUCUGGUGCAGGUGUCCGACCGAGAUGAGGGUGAAAAUGCCGUGGUAACCUGCGUUGUGGCUGGUGAUGUCCCAUUCCAGCUGCGGCAGGCUAGUGAAACAGGGAGUGACAGCAAGAAGAAAUAUUUCCUACAGACCACCACACCACUGGACUAUGAGUCGGUGAAGGAUUACACUAUUGAGAUUGUGGCGGUGGACUCAGGGAACCCGCCCCUUUCCAGUACCAACUCUUUGAAGGUGCAGGUGAUGGAUGUGAAUGACAACGCACCCGUCUUUAGCCAGAGCUUCACCGAGGUGGCCUUCCCUGAGAACAACGAGCCAGAUGACCUGGUGAUGGAGGUGAGCGCCAGUGAUGCUGACAGCGGCUCCAAUGCCAAGCUGGUUUACUCCCUGGUGACAGACCCCUCCUCCAAGGGCUCCUUCACCAUUGACCCCGACUCUGGGGAGAUCCGGGUGAAGGCGGUGCUGGACCGAGAGCAGCGGGAGCGCUAUGAGUUCUUGGUGGUGGCCGCAGACAAGGGCAGCCCCAGCCUCAAGGGCACAGCAUCUGUGGCCAUCAACGUCAUGGACAGGAAUGACAAUGACCCCAAGUUCAUGCUGAGCGGCUACAACUUCUCAGUGAUGGAGAACAUGCCACCCCUCAGCCCUGUGGGCAUGGUGACAGUGAUUGAUGCUGACAAAGGAGAAAAUGCCCGCAUCCAGCUGUCGGUGGAGCAAGACAACGGGGAUUUUGUCAUCCAGAAUGGCACUGGCACCAUCCUCUCCAGCAUCUCUUUUGACCGGGAGCAGCAGAGCACGUACACCUUCCGACUCAAGGCAGUGGACGGUGGGGAUCCUCCCAGGUCUGCCUAUGUGGGGGUGACCAUCAAUGUCUUGGAUGAGAAUGAUAAUGCACCCUUCAUCACAUCGCCCUCCAAUGCCACCUACAAACACAUCCUGCCCCACACCAGCCCUGGCCAGCAGGUGAGCAAGGUCAAGGCGGAGGACAUUGACUCUGGUGUCAAUGCAGAGUUGACCUACAGCAUCACAGGAGGCAACCCUUUUGAGCUCUUCCAGAUCUCCCCGCACAGUGGAGAUAUCACCCUCGAGAAGGAGAUCCUGCGCAAGCACCAUGGCCUGCACCGCUUGGUAGUGCGUGUCAAUGACAAGGGCAAGCCCUCGCGGCACGGCACAGCGCUGGUCCACUUCUACGUCAAUGAGACACUGGCCAACCGCACACUGCUGGACACACUAGUGGGGCACAGCCUGGACACACCACUCGACAUAGACAUUGCUGGAGACCCCGAAUACGAGCGCAGCAAGCAGCGAAGCAACAUCCUCUUUGGGGUCAUCGCCGGCAUCGUGGCUGUCACCCUGGUCAUUGUGCUGGUUGUCCUGGUGCGCUACUGCCGGCAGCGGGAGGCCAAGAGUGGCUACCAGGCAGGCAAGAAGGAGACCAAGGACCUGUAUGCACCCAAGCAGGCCAGCAAGAGUAGCAAGAACAAGAGCAAGGUGAAGAAGAGCAAGUCCCCGAAGCCUCCCAAGCCCACAGAGGAUGAGGAGGAGACAGGGCUGCAGAAAUCGCUCAAGUUCAACCUCAUGAAUGACUCUGUCAGUGACAGCCCCCGCAUCCACCUGCCCCUCAACUACCCUCCAGGCAGCCCAGACCUGGGUCGCCACUACCGCUCCAACUCGCCGCUGCCUUCUAUCCAGCUGCAGCCUCAGUCGCCCUCUGCCUCCAAGAAGCAUCAAGUGGUGCAGGACCUGCCGGCCACCAACACCUUUGUUGGCACCGGGGACAACAACUCGACGGGCUCUGAGCAGUACUCAGACUACAGCUACCGCACCAAUCCCCAGAAAUACACCAACAAGCAGUUACCUCAUCGCCGAGUGACAUUCUCUGCAGCCAGCCAGGCUCAGGACCUGCAGGAUCCCUCCCAGCACAGCUACUAUGACAGCGGGCUGGAAGAGUCAGAAACCCCAAGCAGCAAAUCAUCGUCGGGGCCCCGCAUCGGGCCACUAGCCCUGCCUGAGGAUCACUACGAACGCACCACGCCUGACGGCAGCAUCGGGGAGAUGGAGCACCCCGAGAAUGAGUCCCCUGAGCGGAGCAGGCUGUGAAGGGGGUCUGCGCUGAGAUCUCCGGCCUCUGCCCGAUGUAGCCAUGACUGGGACCUGUACCCGGGAAUGCACAGAGUUCGGCCACUCCGAUACCUGCUGGAUGCCUGGUCAGUCCUCCCCCAGCCGCAGGCCCAAGAACGCCCUCAAACUCUCCACUUUUGUGCCUUACCAAGACAGAGGGAGUCAAGAGCAAGUCGGGAAUGGCAGCCCCAGACUCUCAGAAGAGCGCAGCACCAAAAUGGCCAACCUCCGCCUGCUCCCCACGUACAGUGCCUUCUCCAAUAGUAGCCAUGAGCCCUGCAAGGACUCUCCCAUGGAGGAAAUUCCUCUCACCCAGACCUCGGACUUCCAGCCAGCCACCACCCCCUCGUCCCAGACUACCAAGAGGGAGAUAUACCUGUGAGGCUGGGCCUGAGGAGCAGAGAGCAGACGCGCUUCUGAGGCCAGUGUCCAGAGGAACAUUUCAAACUUCAAUGCUUUAUCGCUCCGGCGGCCAGUUCUCCAGGCAGUGGGCUCGGCGGACAGCAGGGCAGGGCGAGGCAGGGAUGUGAGGAGCGCCUUUUUAACCCAUUUUUCCUGGGGCCGGGGUGGGUGGGAAGGAUGAAAGCAUCCGAAACCCAAUUUCUGAGCACUUGCGGGUGCAUGUCUCCGAACUGCUGUGUCACCGGGAAGGGCUGGGCAGGCUCCUGGUGCAGAGGGCAUGGCUGGGGAGAAGGGCUUAUGUACCAAAGGUCCACACAGAGCUCGUGGAGUUCCUGGGGCAUAGGACGAGGGGUGUCCCUGCACACAGGGAGUGAGCUGCCUGUCUCUUUGCUGUAGACUCCUGUAAAUACGAAUCUUAGGAAUGACAUUCAAGUCCUGCCUGAUUGAAACUUUUUAUUGUCCUUGAAACAAAAGACAUUUAAACAAAAAACAAACAAACAAACAAAAAAAGAAAAACAAAAAAAAAAAAAGAAAACAGAAACAAA